GUUUAUUAUUAUUGGUAAUUUGAUUUAUCUGUUAAUAUCAAGGUAUCAAUAUGUUCUUAAUAGUCUAAAUAUCAGCACACACUAAAAUUAUUUAAAAAUAUAUUCCAUAUAGAUCUAUUGCCUGUUCUCCAGUCUAAAAUAAUAGUAACAUCAACAAGUGCCCUUGUGGCGGGUGACGUCAUAAACCGUACACUACAUAGGCCUAAAAUAAACGCUCUAGACCUACUCAAUAUUACAUUAUAUCUGUAUAUAUUUAUCAAGCUAUCCAGAUAACCUCAUGUUAUAAAAAAUGAAUGCCAAAAAUGGAGAAAGAAGACCGCCACCAGAUCCUACCAUUGAGUUGAUAGCUAAAAGUCCUGUCACAAGUCUUACUUUUGGAUCAGGUGAUACGCCAGCUAUUAUAUCUGGUCACCAAAAUGGUCAGGUGAUUAAGUGGGACAACAUUAUUCUCCGACCAGAAAAGGUUUUGAUGGCUCAUAAUGAAUCUGUCAUUUGGUUAACACAAAUAGGGGAGGUAAUCAUAAGCCAGGGUAGAGAUGGAGAAGUCAAAUUUUGGUCAUGUUUAGAAACAGAGUGGAGAACUGCAGGAGUAAUACCCUGUGCACCAUAUACUUUUUGCAACAGUUCAAUUUGUUUAUCAAACAAUCAGUACUUUUUAUCUGUGCCAAGUGAUGCCUGUGCUGAAAUCAAAGUACACAAACUCACAAAUCUCUCAGAUGCUCAUGAGUUUGAAUCACUCUCAUCUCCACACUCCUUUCAACCGAAGGAUUCUAAAAGAUUUGGGAUGUGCAUGAGGACAAGCAGUCUUGUUUCAAGUUGCCUGACACCAGUUUUGUUUGUGGGUUAUGAAAGUGGUGUUUUGGGUUUAUGGAACCUCAAAACUACUGAGCUGUUGAGUGAAGUGAAAGCACAUGAAGAUAGCAUUAUGGGUAUGGACAGUUGGGCCCAUGAGAAAUAUAUCAAGUGUGUCACUGGAUCUGUGGAAAAUCAAAUAAAAUCCUGGUGGAUUAAAGAGUUUAAGUUUGAGGAAGAUAAAAAAGUGACAUUUCCAAAUGCAGGAAUUAAUGCCUUAGCUAUUAGAAGAGAUGGUAAAAUUGUGGCCACUGGUGGGUGGGACCACAUGUGUCGUGUGUUCAGCCUCAAGAAACUUAACCCUUUAGCAGUGCUGAGUUACCAUAAAGAUUCAGUACAAUGUGUAUGUUUUGCUCUAGACCACACUCUUGCCACAGGAUCCAAAGAAGGCCACAUAGCUUUGUGGAAUAUCUACAAAUAGAUAUUUUGUAAUUUUAUACAAGUCUGUUUGUUUUAUACUUUUAAUUUUAAUUAAUGUUUAAAUUGUAUCUGAUUCAGUUGUCACAGAUUACUUCAAGUUCAUGUAGUUAAAAUGAAUAACAGAUAAUUUGAUAAUUGUGUAUAAUUAGCUUUCCAGAAACUUAACUGUACACCCAUUGAUGUCUGCAGCUAUCAGAGCAAAUAUCUUGUACAUGAUCACAACAGAACUUACUGACUAUAAAAGCAUACCUACAAAAAGCAUAAGUACAAUAAGACAAUCUUUAUUAAAAAUGAAAGAAAAAUAUAAUAUUUUACAAAAUAUACAAGCAGAUUAUUUCUUCUUCUUUAAACCUUGAUUAGCCCUAAGGAUGUCUCCAGGGCUAGGAUAGGGCCUCUGCUGGAACAAUGGCCCAGAUGCUGUUGUAUCAACACCAGUUUUAGCUUUACCACGUUGGUCCAGUCCUUCACUCCAGCCUCCCCUAAUACACAAAACAUGUUGCAUUAAAUGUUUUUAAAUUUUUAUAUAUAGACUUAUUAACAUCAAAACAUAAAAUAGCUAUGUUUAAAGAUUUCUUAAAUAGAAAAUUAUUAAAAGUAAUUUAUACCUUGGUAUGUCAGAAUAUGCAGCUGGAUCCAUAGGAUCAAGGUCAUCCUUUUUACCUUGGCCUAUUUUAAGAAACAAUGUUUAUUUUAUUCAAGUGAGGAAAAUGUGGUGACAAAAUAUAUAUUCACUGCUAAGAACUUUAUAAAAUUAUAUGCCAGUGUAUGUGAAUAUAAUAUUUAUGUCUUAAUAGUACAUGCUGACUAAUAAUCCAUAUGGUGUAUGAUUGAUUAAAUAAUACAAGCAAUU